AACAGACUGGUGAAAGCUCUCUUAGCUCACAUUUGUUCACAAAUUAUCCACACUACAGUAUCACUCAAAAUGGACUCUCCACGUUGGUUGCCACUUGAAUCAAAUCCAGAAGUCAUGACCACGUUUCUUUACCGUUUGGGGAUGAAACCAACUUGGCAGUUUGGAGACGUUUAUGGUUUAGAUCCAGAGCUUCUUAACAUGGUACCAAGACCAGUGUGUGCAGUGCUCCUUCUCUUCCCCAUUACAGACAAGUAUGAGACAUUCAAGGAAGAAGAGGAAGCAAGGCUGAAAAAUGGGAAACAAGACAUCUCCCCCGAUGUCUACUUUAUUAAACAAACAAUUGGAAAUGCCUGUGGAACAAUAGGAAUCAUCCAUGCCGUGGCUAACAACUUGAAACAUCUGGAGUUUGAGCCUGAUUCCCCGCUCAAGAAAUUUAUUGAGAAUACCUCUAAAAUGAACCCUGAGAAAAAGGCUGCAUUCCUUGAGAAGGAUGAGAGUAUACGUGUUACACAUGAAUCAAGUGCUCAAGAAGGACAGACUGAGGCACCAAGCGCUGAUGAACGAGUCAAUUUGCAUUUCAUAGCUUUUGUUAAUGUGGGAGGACAGCUUUAUGAAUUGGAUGGUCGUAAGCCUUUUCCUAUCGUGCAUGGAAACACUACAGAGGAAACUUUCCUUGAGGAUGCAGUAGAUGUUUGUAAAAUCUUCAUGGCUCGAGACCCGGAUGAAGUUUGUUUCACCAUUAUCGCCCUAAGCAAAGAUUAAAGUGUUGACUUUUUUUUAGAUGUGUGAAAUCAAAAAAGGAAACUGCCAAACAUUCUCAAGUGCUCACUAGAUCAGCUCUUACCUCUCUUCAAAAAGAAACUGAUUAGUGCAAGGGUUUAGUGUGAUAUGACGACAUCCUUUUAAGAUAAUAGUUGCUUUGGAUGAGUUGUUAGAUUAAAAACACUCAAGACAUUUGAGGAUUGUUGUAUACAGAGUGAUGUGUUCAAAUUCGCUAUACUGCACUAACUUGUUUUGCUUCAUGGGAAAUGUUGCAUUUUCUUGGAUUGUCACCUUGUAUAUGUGAGUAACUAUUUUUAAAACAAAAAUACAAAUGCACUUGUGUAUGGUGACAGUAUUAUAACAAGAAUAAGAUGAUCAAAUGUCUCAUGAAGGAGUCAAAUUGACAAUUGGUUAAUGUAUCUAUUUUUCAGGGAUGUGCCUACAUUUUGUAAUUCAGUCAAAUAAACCAGAUUUCUUCUAA